AUGUACUCCCCCGACCAAUUCAUGAACCCGGGGCCUGCCCCCCGCCCUCCCGCUGAUCGGCCAAACCUCAAUUUGCCAACAAACCCGACCGUAGCCACCUCGUUCAGCCAAAUGAGUCUCAAUUCUCCCAGCACUCCCGGGCCCGCCAAUCUAUCUUUGUUCCCCAACACAAGCACACCCACCCUCACACGUACCAAGACCGAACAGUCCGGUCAGGGAGGUGUCGCUGUAAUCAAAGAAGGCUACGUUCGGUGCAAGGAGGACAAGUUUCUGGCAACUUGGAACCAGCGGUAUCUUAUCCUACGUGAAUUUCGUCUCGACUUUCUGAAAAAUGAGACAGGCAAGGUUGUGCUGUCGAUCCCGCUGGCCGCCGUCACUGGCGUCUCACGCUCCGAAGAUACACGCAUGGCGUUUGAGAUUCUGCGGCUCGCCAAUCUCAAAGAUGCUAACUCCAAAGCGGCCUUGAUAACUCGCGAUGUGCCUACCAAGAGCAUCACUUGUGAAGUCAAGAGCGACGACGAGAUUUACGACUGGAUUGACAAGAUUUAUGAGCGCUGUCCAGGGAUGGGCGGUGUGAGCAAUCCGACCAACUUCAGCCAUCGUGUUCAUGUCGGCUUCGAUCCCCGCACCGGCGCGUUUGUGGGUUUACCUCCGGAGUGGGAGAAGCUCUUGACUGCGUCCGCCAUUACCAAGGAAGACUAUAAGAAUAACCCCCAGGCCGUCAUUGAGGUCCUUGAGUUCUACUCCGACAUCAAGAUGCGCGAGCAAAAUCCGCAAUAUUACGCCGGGUUGGCCUCGCCCCCGACCCAGCAGGCCAAACCACACAGCAAUAACUCCGUGGGCAAUUCCAUCGCGCCGCCUCGUCCACCACCCCCUGCUCCCGCGCAACGGCUGGAUACCAGUCAAUCGUACUCCACCAGCCGCUCAGCAGCUUCGUCUCCCGCUCAGUCCGAUCGCACAGCGGAACAGCAGCAGCAACUGGAGCGAAUGAACGAGCUAGCAGACCAGGAACGGCGGCGCGUAGAGGAAGAGGCUCGCAGGGUGCGUCAGCGGGAAGAGGAGCAAAGUAGAUACGAGCAGGAUGCGUACAAUGCCUCACUGCCUAAAACUCGCGUACCCUUAGCGAAGCAGGAACUGGGAGGGUAUGGAUCGCCGGAUGAUCGCUACAAGCCCAGUCGCCCUGCUCCGCAGGCUCCGGGCUCGACUCGUCCCGAUCCCUCGCGUCAAUUGACUGCCCAGCGUCCAGCACCUUCCCCGCCCACGGCUGGACAGCGACCUGGAGAUUAUGCUAAUGGCCGCACAGAGCAGGCCUCGCCUAGCUCAAGAUACCCCGCUCAGACCCAAGCCGCACGAACUCCGAACAGUGGUCCCAAAACACAGCAGGCCCAGGGCCCACCUCCCAGCAAGCUCCCGGCGCCAGUGCAGCCAGUGAAACCAUUGAACAUUGCGAACAAGCAGGCAACAGGCAAAACAAAUGUGCCGGAUGGAGUCCGUCAAGCCGAAGCGGCUUUGACUAAGAAGGCAGAGCCCCGGCAGAGGGAGGUUCGUAUGUCGGCUAUGAGCGAAAAUGAGGUUAUGGAUCGGUUGCGGUCCGUCGUUUCGAAGAAUAAUCCGAACGAGUCCUACAGUAAGCAGCGCAAGAUCGGACAAGGUGCCUCUGGCUCUGUGUAUGUGGCUCGGGUCAAGGAGCAUGCCACAUCUCCUGUUGCCCGUGAGCUGUACCGUCAGUAUGGACCGCGAACUCAAGUGGCCAUCAAGCAAAUGGAUUUGCGCAGUCAGCCGCGCAAGGAGCUGAUCGUCAACGAGAUUAUCGUCAUGAAGGACAGCCAGCAUUCCAACAUUGUAAACUUCCUCGACUCGUUCUUGCAAGAGCAAAGCAACGAGUUGUGGGUCGUCAUGGAAUUUAUGGAAGGAGGUGCUUUGACCGACGUGAUCGAUAAUAACCAGGUGAUCCAAGAAGACCAGAUUGCUACCAUCUGUCUAGAGACCUGCAAAGGCUUGGCUCAUCUGCACAGCCAGAACAUCAUUCACCGUGAUAUCAAGAGUGAUAACGUGCUCUUGGACCGAGCUGGCCAUGUUAAGAUCACCGAUUUUGGGUUCUGUGCUAAACUCACAGAGUCGAAGAGCAAACGGGCUACUAUGGUUGGUACGCCGUACUGGAUGGCCCCCGAGGUUGUGAAACAGAAAGAGUACGGACCCAAGGUCGACUGUUGGUCAUUGGGAAUCAUGGCCAUCGAGAUGAUCGAGUCCGAGCCUCCGUACCUGAAUGAGGAGCCCCUCAAAGCGUUGUAUCUUAUCGCCACCAACGGCACCCCUCGUCUGAAGAAGCCCGAAAAGCUCAGCAAAGAGCUCAAAUCCUUCCUCAGUGUCUGCCUCUGCGUUGACGUCCGUAGCCGUGCUACGGCGGAUGAGUUGUUGGCACACGAGUUCCUUAAGAUGGGAUGCAGUCUGGCUAGCCUUGCAGAGCUGCUGCGCUGGAAGAAAAACAGCGGGCAGUAA